GUAUAACUUUAGGAUUGUUGACAUUCUCAUAUCUUUCAAAGUUUUCCAACAGCUCAAAAUUUGUUAUUUCAUCCAAAUGUCAUUUUCUUAGAGUUUAGUCAAUCCUGAUUCUCAAUCGGAUUUUUGUGAAGAUGCAAUUAAAUGAUUUACCUGAAGAUUGUUUAUCAAAUAUAUUUGAUUGGAUUCCUUGUAUUAAGCAACUUUUGAGUUUUUCGACAGUUUGUAGUGGAUGGAACAAUUUGGUUAAAAGGAGACUGAAAAAAGUUCGAAAUUUGCAUUUAUAUAAAUGCAACCUUAGUUGCUCGAAUCAAGCUGAGUUUUUUAACUUGUGGAAAUAUUCACCUUACAAUCAUAUCUACACCAAUGACAUUGGAUUACUUGAGAGAGUAAACGUUUCGAAACUUUUACCUAAUCUUAAGUAUUUUACAACAGAAUUUUACGGAAAUCAACAGUGUAUGUGCAAAGCUACGAUCAAUGUUUUAUCGACUUCAAACACGUUGAUAGGAUUGUUGGGUCGAUCUCCAUGUAUCAAUAGUAAAGUAACGAAUUGUAGUAACCGUGUUCACAUCGAUGAUAUAGUGCGACAUUGUGGUAAUUUGGAGUAUCUUUCGUCGGAAUCGAAACCUUUUAUUAGGAGUUUUUUCUUCUCAUUUGGAGACAAUUUAAAACACUUUGAAGCUUCGGUAGAUCUCUCUAAAUUUUCUUUGUACCAUGGAGCCACUGAUUCUUUCACAAGAUUAUUGGCGAAAAUGCCAAAUCUUGAAACUUUGUCUUUGUCAGAUGAACCUGAAAUCGAACCUCCUAAAUGGCCUAAACCGAAAAUGAACUUGAAACAACUCGAAAUUUUAAAUAUACCUGUUGACGUUUCAACUCUUCAAGUUUUAUCUUUUUUCCCAGAACUACCAAGUCUCUACUUAAGUUUUUGUAUCUCAGAAGAUAAAGAUGAAACAUUUCCAUUUUUCGGUGUUCAUCCGAAUGUCCAAGAUUUGGCAUUGGAAAUCUACUUAAUAGUCCGAGAUGACGAUAUUGAAUACAUUAACUUGAUUAAAAGUGUAUUGGUCAAGUUUCCUAAUUGUGCGAAUCUUAUGAUCAGACUUCACAGCGAAUGCAUUUCUAAUGAGUCGGUGUUCAAGAUAAUUGAAAUGUUACCGAACUUGAAUCUAUUUGUUCUGCAUGUAGAGCAAAUUUUGGGCGAUUGGUGUUACCCAGAUUACUUUAAUACCGUCGAUACACAUUGCAGGUCAAUUGGUCGUCGAAUUGCUUUUUACUUAGUUAACGAUGAUUUUGGAGAAAUUAGUCGGUAUUCACUGAAUGAAGAUAUUGCCAACCCUUUCAACACCGAUAAUCAAUUCAUUCAUAAGUAUUUCCGUCGUGGAUUGUGUCGAUAUCAAUCAAGUUAUUAAAAGGAGAAAAUCAUAAGUGAUUCUUCAAAUCAAAUUCAAAGUAAAAAUAUUAACCUUGAUUACUUUUUCUACUCGAACGAUAAUCAGGCUACGCUUAAUCUUUUACACCAGAAAAUUCAUUUGAUCGAUUUCAUUGUAAUAACUGUAUUCUAAUAAUAUCUGUAAACAAAUCAAUCUCAAUUCAUACAUGUAGAAAUUAUCAAAAUGACAAUUAUCAUUAUCUUUAUUAUCGAUAAUGAUAAAGGUUAUUAAUGAUUAUCGUUAUUCUUAUCGUUUGGUAAUAUUUUUCGUGUUUUUCUCACCUUCAAGAUUAAAAAUUGAAGCAAAUUAAGUUAUUAAUAAUAUUAUGUUAUUACUUUUCUCUUCAUUUUUAUAAUCGCUAAAAUUAUAUUUACGUUAUUAAAUCACUUUUAUUUUCUUCUCUUUUACUUUCCCUCAUUUUCCUUUUCUCUGUCUACACUUUUUCUUCUCUUUCGCAUCAAAAUUCCGUUACCAUGGUAACUGUUUUUUUCUUUUCUAAAAAAUCACCAACAACAUUUGAAGAUUUUUUUUCUCAUUUCAAUCUUUUAAUUGUUUACUUUUAAAUUGUUCUUUUGUUUAAUUCAUUAAUUGUCUACAAUUAUCAUCACUUUCCUCAAUUAAAAUGUGAUGUUCUAUUAAUCAAUUGGACCCAAACUUAAAUUGGAUCCAAACUCUAGAUCUCUUGUCUCUUAAAUAAUCCUCGGUGUUGAAAUUAUCAAAGGCUAAACAUUUGGUGGAUGAUUGUUUUUGUCUUUCCAAUCGCAAAAUUUGUAUAAACCGCUUACUUCAAUUGAUAUUAUUUCAUCUUUUUUUGAUUAUUAUCAACACUUCUAUCCAUUGGAUUAAAGUGUUUGUUUACUAGAAGAACAAGAAA